AAAGCACACAUCUUCAGUUUGUUUAAAUCAUACUCUCUCUCUCUCUCUCAUUCAUAAUAAUACAUUCUCUUAUCUCUACCAAUACUCUCUCCAUACAAUUAACUUCUGCCAUACAUAUAAGGUGUGUCAUAAAAAUAAUAUAACUAAAAAAGACAUCAUGAACACUGAUCUAGGCCAUCUCCCCCAAACACAGGGGAAAACCCUCCCAGAUUCUUGGGACUGCAAAGGCCGCCCUUCCGAACGCUCCAGAUCCGGAGGAUGGGCCUCCGCCGCCAUGAUUUUAGGAGUGGAAGCAUGUGAAAGGUUGACAACGUUAGGUAUAGCUGUGAACUUGGUGACAUACUUGACCGGAACUAUGCACUUGGGCAAUGCUACAUCCGCCAACACCGUCACCAACUUCCUCGGCACCUCUUUCAUGCUCUGCUUGCUUGGCGGCUUUGUCGCCGAUACCUUCCUCGGCCGCUACCUCACCAUUGCAAUCUUCGCCACCAUUCAAGCAGCCGGAGUGACAAUAUUAACGAUAUCGACCAUAAUCCCGAGCCUAAGACCACCAAAAUGCACGCCAGGGGCGGCAUCCUGCAUCCCAGCAAGUGGGAUGCAGUUAACAGUGCUUUACAUAGCACUGUAUUUGACAGCCCUAGGUACUGGUGGUCUGAAAUCAAGCAACUCUGGUUUCGGGUCGGACCAGUUCGACGAAACUGAUCCCGAAGAGAGAAGCCGAAUGACAAACUUCUUCAACUGGUUCUUCUUCUUCAUAAGCUUUGGCUCACUGGCGGCUGUCACUGUUCUUGUCUUCGUCCAAGACAACGUCGGUAGACAAUGGGGUUACGGUAUAUGCGCUUUCGCCAUAGUUUUCGGCCUUGUUGUGUUCUUGUCCGGAACUAAGCGUUACAGGUUCAAGAAGUUAGUGGGAAGCCCCUUGACUCAGAUAGCCACAGUCGUCGUCGCAGCUUGGAAUAAUCGGAAGUUGGAGAUGCCUUCUGACACUUCUUUCCUCUAUAACGUGGAUGACAUUGCUGAAGGGAAAAAGAAGCAGAAGAUGAAGCUUCCUCAUUCAAAUCAAUUCUGUUGCUUGGACAAAGGAGCAAUCAUAAGGCCAGAACUUGCCCCAAACAAGAUAAACAAGUGGAAUCUAGUAACUCUAACCGAUGUGGAAGAAGUGAAAAUGUUGAUUAGAAUGCUGCCAAUUUGGGCCACAACUAUAAUGUUUUGGUGUGUACACGCCCAAAUGGCAACUUUCUCAGUAUCCCAAUCAGAAACCAUGGAUCGCCAUAUCGGCAAGUCUUUCCAAAUCCCCCCAGCUGCAAUGACAGGCUUCUUCGUUGGCAGCACUCUAGUCACUGUUCUAAUCUAUGACCGAGCGAUAGCCCCAAUCGCAAGAAAGUUUCUCAAAAACCCUCAAGGCCUCACCCCAUUACAACGCGUAGGGGUCGGCCUUGUUCUCUCAGUCCUUGGCAUGGUGGCUGCAGCCUUGUGCGAGAUCAAGCGUCUCAACGUGGCAAGGCUGCAUGGCCUCACCAACAAUCCAAGGGCUGAGAUUCCCAUAAAAGUGUUCUGGUUGAUGCCCCAAUUUAUAAUUGUCGGAGCUGGUGAGGCUUUCACUUAUAUUGGUCAACUUGACUUUUUCCUUAGAGAGUGUCCUAAAGGGAUGAAGACUAUGAGCACUGGAUUGUUUCUGAGUACACUGGCAAUAGGGUUUUUCUUUAGCUCUCUUUUGGUGUCUAUUGUUCAUACGGUGACUGGAGAGAAGAAUCCAUGGUUGGCUGAUAAUCUUAACCAAGGAAAGCUCUAUAACUUUUACUGGUUGUUGGCUAUUUUGAGUGCUUUGAAUAUGGUGAUUUUUUUGGUGUGUGCUAAAUGGUACGUGUACAAGGAAAAGAGACUUGCCGAUCAAGGUAUCGAAUUGGAAGAAUCUCAUGAUGUCGUUUGUCAUUAAUUAGUUUUAGUGGUAAUUACAACAAAAAUGAAGAUCAAAAUUACUCAUAAUCACUUUCUUGGUGAUUAUUACAUGAUGAUGAUGAUGAUAUCAUAUUCAUCGGUGUUACAAAGUUGUUUUUUUUUUUUCCUUUUGAAAUAUCAAGUUUGUAAUAUAGGUGAAGCCUUGUUAAUUAUAUAUGUAUAAAAAAAUUGCAAAGUUAAUAAAAGUUUCAAAUUUUUGGCUUGUAUA